CCGCCUCCUUCGAGCGGGGCCCAGGCCCAGCCGCUGCCACCGCUGCCGCCGCCGAGCUCCGCCGCCGCCGCCGCCGCCGAGCACCAUGGGAGACGCCGGGAGCGAGCGCAGCAAAGCGCCCAGUCUGCCGCCUCGCUGUCCCUGCGGCUUCUGGGGGUCCAGCAAGACUAUGAACCUCUGUUCCAAAUGCUUUGCUGAUUUUCAAAAGAAACAGCCAGACGAUGAUUCCACUCCAAGUACAAGUAACAGCCAAUCAGACUUGUUUUCCGAAGAGACCACCAGUGACAGCAAUGAUACCUCGAUAACCGCGCCAGCUCUUAGUCCCAGCCAGCAGCCGCUUCCGACAGAACUGAAUGUAACUGCACCAAGUACAGAGGAGUGUGGGCCAUGCACAGAUACAGCUCAUGUCUCGUUAAUCACACCAACCAAAAGAUCCUGUGGUACAGAUUCACAGUCUGAGAAUGAGGCUUCGCCAGUAAAACGGCCACGACUACUGGAGAACACUGAACGAUCCGAGGAGACCAGCCGGUCUAAACAGAAAAGUCGACGUCGGUGCUUCCAGUGCCAAACCAAACUGGAGCUGGUGCAGCAGGAACUGGGAUCGUGCCGCUGCGGUUACGUGUUCUGUAUGCUGCACCGCCUCCCCGAGCAGCAUGACUGUACGUUUGACCACAUGGGCCGUGGCCGAGAGGAAGCCAUCAUGAAAAUGGUGAAACUGGACCGGAAAGUGGGGCGCUCCUGCCAGCGCAUCGGGGAGGGCUGCUCCUGAAGGCCGGCUCGGCCGCCACGUGCCGCUGUUGUUAGUUCACUAAUGUUAGCCUUAUUUAGGACAGAGUCAGCCAGACACCUUGUACUGGGCACGCGUCAGACUACAGCCAGUCCGUUUCCUUCCCUUAGCCAGCCAUCCUGGUACUGUAGUUUAGGGGUUGAUGGUGGUUGGAAUUGAUUUCUGGCUGGUUUCUAAGGUGCCUGCUAGCCAUUGUAUAAAAUUAAAACAUGAAGAAUAUUUUUUUUGAGCAUGGCUAGUGGAUUUAAAACCACACAUACCUGUCACUGCUGGAGUCAAACUUAAAAAAGCCUUAAGUGGAAAGCG